UCGAUUGGAUUAAUAAUUAUUGGCAAGGGAAUACAAGGUGGUAAAAAUGUAUAAUACGUAACCAGAAAGUACGAUAUAAAGAGCAAAAUCUGUUUUAGCAUAAGCAAGCGGGUACCGUGAUCAUGGGUAUAGAACUAUAGGUAUAGCAACUGUUAGAGCCUUCUCGGUACUUUUCGGUCAUUGAACUAUUAUCGUUGGUGAACCCAGUUGGUCCACUCCCUCCUCACCGAUUCCAAGCUCUGUCUUGCAGCAGCUUGUUCCGUCCGGUCCCACCAUACCACACUAGUGACUCCUCACGUUCCUGGACAGCUCUUCCCCUCGACAUCCAAUGGCUUCUGCCUCAACUCCCCACCAGGUACGCGAAACUUGAACGCAACGAUUGCAGAGAAAUGGGAAAAGACACUGCACUCGCAUAAACAUUCAGUAUCUUUAAGCAUGCGACAACGCUUCAACUAAUGAAUAUUCCGUGAACACGUGAUCGCAUAACCACCUUAAAUAUAUCUUUUUUCAAACCGAGACAUUUUCUUCAAAAUAAACAUUUUUUUUAAAAUCAAUUUACAUUUCUUUAUUAUUAUUCUUUAUUUUCUCUUUUUUCCCAUCAUCAAGUUUAUGUGACUCGAUUUAAACUAAAAGUGUACAAAAAAGACAAUUUUUGUGUCAUCGUAACAAAAUGCACGUGCUUUUUCAUAACUUUUGAAAAGGUAACGUGCAUACCUUCAAUAAAAGUUGAUGUGCGAUUUGUAUGUGUUUAUACUUGCGGGUAAACGGUGAAAAGGUGAAAGUGAUUUAUUGAAGAACGAUAUACUUUUAAAUCAUUGCCAUUUAAAGGACUGUGUCAUUUUCAUUUUUUUGUCAUUUUUAAAAUUAAAUUAUUCUUUCUCAACCUGUCGAAAAAAAAGAAGAAAAGAGAUGGAUUACAACUAAAAAUUUGAAAUGGAAGAGAAAAUGAAAUUUAACCGGAAGUAUCAAGUCAUCAGUGUAAAAAGUGACAUUUACUUGAGAGUUUACAGUUGAUAACUUGAGAUAAUAAAAUGCUAUCAAAAUGUCAAGAAAAAAUUGGAGAACUACAUGCAAAGACAACAAACAAGAAGCAGUGAAUGAUGUCUAAUAGAAAAAGAAAUCCAAUAUAAACUUCGAUGAUGUAAUAAAGAAAUAAUAUUACGAAGAGGAAAAGGAAAGAAGUAAAAAUUUCAUGGAGAUGAAACUCUAUGAAAUUUAAAAAUAAUGGGUUGAAGUUACCGUUCCUUGACUGAUGCAUAAAAUGCCAAUUACUCUAUUUUUGAAAAAAGGAAUUUUGUAAAGAAAAUACAAAAAAAAAACUUAUUUAAUUAAUCAAAAGACUGUAGAGUGUGUGGAUCCAUUGGAAAAAACAAUACAUAUCAUUAUAAUUGAUGGCCAAAAUCAGUUUCUAAAAACAUUUUUAAAGACUCGUUCGAUUAAAAAUUAAAGUUUAUAUUUUUUUCAAAAUCAGUACAUUUUAAACUAAUAUUUCUAAGUUAAUUGAAUAUUUGACAACCUUUAAAAUUCUGCAACUGGGAAAUUUAGAAAGAAAAUUAUUAUUAAAACAAUGGAUGUUUAUAAAAUUGACCAAUCUCUUACUGCCAAUUUGGGCAGUACUACAGCACCGGAUACUCUUAGUCCAGAAGUGUCCUUCAAUACAGGAAGUGAAUUUAAUUUAAGUUUUUUUGAUGGACCUGAAGAAAAUAGUACACAAGGUUUUAGUGAUCCAGGUUCUGUUGGCAGUGCGAGUGUUUCACCACCACCUGUGAUUUCUGGUAGUACAGUUACAUCGACCACCAUAACAUUACCAACUGCUCAAUUACCAUCAGGAAUUGUCAUCAAACAAGAACAACAUUAUGCAGCUGCUGAUUCAAACAGUUCAACACCUGCCAAAAGUUUCGUUCCGUGUAAGGUCUGUGGUGAUAAAGCAAGUGGAUAUCACUAUGGUGUCACAAGUUGCGAGGGUUGUAAGGGUUUUUUUAGAAGAAGUAUUCAAAAACAGAUAGAGUACAGAUGUUUAAGGGACGGAAAAUGUUUAGUUAUAAGACUAAAUCGGAAUCGCUGUCAAUAUUGCAGAUUCAAGAAAUGUCUAGCAGUUGGCAUGUCGAGAGACUCGGUAAGAUACGGUCGAGUUCCGAAGAGAUCUCGAGAUCGAACGACUGAUGAUGUGGGAGCAGUAUCAACAACGAUAACAACAGCAACAGCUACUACUACUACAACUACGACGACUUCCCGUGUACAUCAACUAGCAUCCAGCAUUAAUUAUAACUCAAACAACAACAACAACAACAAUAAUGAUGAUGAUAAUGAUGACGAUAAUAACAGUAGCAAUAACAAUAAUAGCAGUAGUAGUAGUAGUAGUAGCAGUAGUACUAGUAAUAACAAUAACAAUAUCCAGUGUCAGAAUUCGGUUUCACGUGUACCACCUCCUACUAUAGUUGAAGCUGAUCAAUCGGACGUCGAUGAGAAGCAAUUAGCUAUUUACGAAGUUAUUCUUCGAGUCUCUCAAGCUUAUCAUGCUCAUUGUGUAUACGCUGAAGAGUCUACAAGAGAUUUAGUUCAAAAGCCUAUCAUAAUACCACCUUCAAGUCCAAAGGAUCCUGAAGUUGCGUCAUCUAUGGCAGAAACAGUGGAAUCUCAAAAAAUCUGGUUGUGGCAACAAUUUGCAAAUAAAGUAACGCCGUCGGUUCAAAAAGUUGUAGAGUUUGCAAAGCAAGUACCUGGAUUUUCUGAUCUCUCACAACAGGAUCAGUUGAUUUUAAUAAAAUUGGGUUUCUUUGAAAUAUGGCUUAGUCAAAUAUCGAAAAUGACCACCAACAUUUCCAUGACUUUUGAGGACGGUACUUAUCUUACUAAGCAGCAAUUGGAAUUGAUAUACGAGCAGCCCGAUUUCGUGUCAGACGUAUUGCAGUUUACUACAUCAUUAAAUGCUCAUAAGCUCACGGAUGACGAAUUAGGUUUACUUUCUGGUGCUAUUCUUCUUAGUGAGAGACCUGAAUUAAAUGAUUUAAAAGCAGUACAAAGGUCGCAGGAUCGUUUACUCGAAGCCUUUAAUACUCUAGUGACAAGAAGUAAUUCAGUUUCUAAUGAAAUCAUUGUAAAUGGAAUGAAUACCAGCAAUCCUAGCAUUUUGCAAAUAAUGCCGGAACUCAGAUCCCUUGGGAUUCGACAUGCAAAUCUUCUUGAUUGGUUUAAAAAAAAUUGGACAAAACUCAAGUUACCACCAUUAUUUGCUGAAGUUUUUGACAUUCCUAAAUGUGAAGAAGAUUUACAAUAAACAGAUUUCAUCAAUAAAAUUUGCUCAGCAUGAAGAAAAAUGUUAUGCGAAGAUAAUCACUAGAAGUUAUAGCAAGUGGAAGGGAAAUACUUUAAAAGACAUUAAUUACGUUUAGUUCAAUUUCUACAAAACGAAAGUUUUGCGAAAAUGGAUAUCGCGUAUUUAGAAAAUUUGAAGUUUGGAUCGCAUAAGGUCCUAGUUAAAAUCAUAAAGAACAAAGUGAAUUGUAUCGAAGAAAUUUUAUCAUCAAAAUGAGUAUUUUCAAGUUACUCAUCAACGUGAAGGAACAAAAGACAUUUUCGCAACUAUUGGAAGGAUUUGCUGCCAACGGAUUGGUGCAAUAGCACCUGUAUAGCAAAAAAAUGUAAUUUUCUACUCCAUUAUUCAAUUCUUAAAAACCAUAUUUCAAGCAAUAAUAUACAUACAAUUCCGUUACAUCGAAAACAGGACAAAAAAUAAAUGUAGAUUUCAUAAGAAAUGUUAACUUUCAAGAGAAUGGAAAUUUCUCAAAAAAAAGUUUGUCGAAGGAAAUGAAUUGUACUAAAAGAGAAGUUUGAGAAUCUUGCCAAAAUUGUUUAAUAAAUCAUACAAACAGCAUGGAAUAUACUAUGCAGCAUAUAUUUAUUGAUAGCAAAAAAAAUUAAUAAAAGUUGCGUAACAUUAAUGUUCAAUGAUAUUUUAAAUAAGUAUGAAAAGACAACUAUAUACAUAAUGUUGGUAGAAAAGACUAAAAAUUUAUAAAAUUAAAUAAGAAAUUGACAUUUUUUCCUUAUGUUCAUUGAAUAAAUUUAUUUAUCAUAUUUUUUUUAGUGAAAAAGAUACAUUUACACUUAUUUAAAAGAUACAUUUUAAAUGACAAAUUGUGGUUAGCUAUAAGUGUGAAAAUAUAUUUCUGUUAUCUACAUAAUAAUUAAGAUUCUUUACAUAUAUUAGAAAAUGUUGAAAAAAUAAAACAUUAAUAUUUAAAAUUUGUUAUUUUAUCAUCUUGAAACCAACUUUGUGUAAAUAGGUCUAUUUAUUAAAUUUUAAGUGUAGUCCAAAUAUAUAAAGCUUGCAAUAAGUAAAAUUGUAAUUCUAUUUUUCUUAGAAGCAAGAAAAUCUCAAUUGAAUUUCACAAUAGGUACAAUCACAGAUCUGUUUCUAAUCACGUAAUCACGUAAUUUUUAUUACAUAAAGUAACAAAGUAACUAAAUAUCAGGAACAUAAUUUCUCAAGUGUCACUGCUAAAGGUAAAAGUUUUCACUAAAAAUUAAAAAAUAUUAAUUUUAACGAGCGGAAAUAUAAUUUUAUCAAUUAUCAACAAUCCAUUGCUUUAAAUACCGAGUAUUUAUUUUGAAAUUUUAAGUUAAUGAAGAUUGAAAAUCCGUUUUCAAAAAACUUGUCCGUAUAUUUUAAAGAGAAUAAAUAUAAGUUUCAGCCACUAAUAUAAAGUGGUUUUUUUAAUAUUUAUUUUGAUUCUAAUCAAAUUAGUAGUUCUACUUCAUAUAGGAGAAGAAACAUACCAAUUUUCUCAGAAAUAUUUUAGAAAGAGUUUUUAUAAAUAAUGAAACGUAUCAUAAUAUUUUUACAUCAAAAUUAAAAAAUAUACACAGCACAU